AUGGCGCCUGUCAGCAGCGCUCCCGCCAAGCACGGCGCCCCGCCCUGCACCGCCGCACUCUCGCCCCCAGCCUCCGCCAAGAAUGGCGGCUGCAGCAUUUACUACAACGGCAAGCACGGCGGCAAGCCCCGCAAGGGCUGCGACCUGACCGGCUGUGACCCCAUACGGAAGUGCACCAUCGUCUUCCCGCCGCAGCCCUACUGCACCUGCCUCGGCAGCCCCUCCUUCAUCACGUGCGUCGUCGACGCCGCGACCAACAACGUGGUCGGCCUGGCGUGGGGCGGCGCGGGCGACGCGUUCGGCUCGUGGAUGCAGGGGUCGUACGACGAGCGCCGCAAGAACAACACCAUUUACGUGCCGCCCGCGGACCAGGACCCGUCCUCCAACCAGGGCUACAACCAGAUGUGCCUCCAGCAGUCGCAGCUGCCCGCCAAGCGGCAGGACGAGGUCUUCCUCGUAAACAUCACCUUCCCCUUUGAGGUCUCCGGCGGCCCGCAGGACCCGAGCGCGAACCGCAUCAACCGCUUCUUCGCGCGCGUCGACGAGUUUUCCGGGUACAUUUCCGAGCUCACGUUCCAGUUCCAGGGGCUGGACGCCAACGGCAACAACCUCUACUCGUCGUGCGGCGCCGGGGAGACGUACACCCGGACGAUGACGUACUCUGCAAAGAAGAAUGUGACCGACCAGACGUUUGAGUCGGUGCUGUGUGGGGUGCGGUCGCCAUGCGAGAAGACGACAAACUUCCUGAUGAUGCCGCUGCUGCCUUGCUACAGCGAGGAGGUCAUCGCGGCCGCGGCCAAGACCGCAGCGGCGCGGGCGGCGGCUGUGGCGGCAAACCGGGCGGAAGUGGAGCGGCAGCGUGCAGCCGCAGAGGCGGCGGCUGCAACGCAAGCUGCGCAGGAAGAGCAGCAGCAGCAGCAGCAGCAGCAGCAGCAGCAGCAGCAGCAGCAGCAGCAGCAGCAGCAGCAGCAGCAGCAGCAGCAGCAGCAGCAGCAGCAGCAAACAGCGACCGACGCGGCAAACGCGGCCCAGAGGGCGCAAGAGGCGCUCGCUUCAGAUGCGGCGGCAAAUACGCCGCCAGUGCCCGUGAUCAACGCGGCGGCGGGGAAUGCGCAGACGGGACUCGCGCCUCCCUUGAACACGGCGCAGCAGCCCGUCCUCGGCAUGCUGCCAUUGGUGGCCGGCGUGCCGGGGCAAGUGGUGACGGGGGACGCGAAGGCCGCGCAGGGCGCGGCGCUGGUGACGCCUCUGGUGACGCCCCAGGCGGUGCACUGCACCGGGGCGGACACGGUGACGUCAGCACCCAAGGCUUACUUCAUCGCCAAGACCGCCCCCGAUCGCUGGUCAGACAUGCCCGCUGCCACCUGGAGCGCGGCCAGGGCGCGCGUCGUCUCCUCCGGCCGCGCCGCCCACCACGCGGGCUUCCUCUCGUCCCUCGGCGCCGCCGCCGCAGCCAGCGGCCGCCGCCGCCUGCUGGACGGCGCGAGCCCGAUCGCUGCCGACUCCCUCAACAGCGGCUGGGAGGGCGUGUCGGCCGGCGUGUCGGCGGCCAGCGCCGGCGCGGGCGCGGGCGCCGCGCCGCGCGACGCGCUGGGCGUCGCGUUCGCCGUCGGCGGGCCGGGGCGCAGGGCCGGCUACUCGCUGCACGCGGCCAAUGGGCUCGUGGUCAUAUCAGCACUGAGCUACAGCGGCGUACCCGCGACCACCCACGCGCCCAGGACCCUGUCUGCGUUCUUCGACGCCUCAUUCCUCGGCUUCGCCGGCCAGUCGCACUUCCUCUCGCCGGACGCGAUUUUCGACAAGGCGUCCAAGCGCUUUGUGCUUGCCGCUGUCUCCCACGACGACGCGCUCAACGGCAGCGCGCCCUCGGUGCUGUGGCUCGCCGCGUCGGCCCGCGCAGACCCGAGGCAGGGCUGGCGCGUGCUGGGGCUGGCCGCGCCGCCGCGCGGCGAUGCGAGCAACCCGUGCGGCGCAGGGACCCAGGCUGUGUGGGAGUCCCCACGCCUGGGCUACGACGAGCACGGCAUCCACGUCGGCGCCAACAUCGCCUGCGCCGCCCCCGGCGCCCUCGACCCCGACGCCCGCGCCGGCCGCCGCGCGUGGCUGCUGUCACUUGGAAAGGAGGGCCUCUACGCCGCCGCCGACGCCGCGCCGCCGGCGCUGCCCGUCGCGAUGUGGGACCUAAGUGACGGCGCCGGCGGCGCGCCCGUGCGGCAGGCGCAGCCGGCGGUGCCGCAGGCGGCGGCGGACGCGGCGGGGUCGGCGCGGGGCGCCGCCUUUGCGGUCGCGCUGGAGGCCAUCCCUGGCGCGCCCAGCGAGCGCCUCGUGUUUUAUGCCAUCACCGAAACCUCGAAGCUCAAGUCCCUCGCGCCCGGCGCGGCGCCUACCCUGUGCCGCGCCGCCCGGCCGCGCGGCUACAAGCCGCCACUGGCGGAGGCCGACCCGCCCGCCAAGGGGGGCCUGCGGCAGCCGGGCAGGGGGCCCGAAUGGGGGCUGGACGCCGGGCGCGCCUGGCGCGUGUACUCGGCCGCCCUGAGCGCCGGCAAGCUGUUUGUCGCCACAAAGGCGUACGACCCCGCCUGCACCGCCGCCGCCCCCGACGCCUGCCGCCCCGCCGUCCACGUCGCAACCUGGGCCCCCUUGAGUCCAGACCCCGCCGACGCCGCCGCGGCGCGCUUCGGCCCGGCCGCCGUUGGCGGCGGCAGCGGCGCGCUGAUCGGCGGCGGCGGCGCGUCGCUGGCGUUCCCCUCGGUGACAGUGCCCGACGGCGGCGCGCCGCUGGUGGGAUUCAGCUUUACGAGCGAGCCGGGGGCGGGCCCCGGGGAGGGCUACGCGGGCGUCGGCUUCUCGCGCCUCACCCCUGAUGGCGCCGUCAGCGGCGCGCCGAUACGCGCCACGCGGCUGGGGCUGUCCGCGGUCGACGCCCCCGCGGCGUCAGCGGGCUACCGCCUGUGGGGCGACAGCACCACGGCGGCGGCGGCGGGCGGCCGCGUGUACGUCGCGGCGCCGUAUGCCGCCAUGCAGGGGUGGGGAACGUGGGUCGCCGCCCUGCCAAGCUCUUAA